AUGGUAGCCCUGGCGAAUCCUAACCGAUCGGCCACGCCUCGAAAGCCGACUUCCACAUUUCAGCCGAGUAAAAAGCCCGUAAAGCCAAACAGCAGUAUUCUCAACUUCUUCCAAAAGACGGAAAAGCAAGAAGGUUCCUUGUUCGUGGGAACUCUUACGGAGCCCACCCCGACAGCCGCUCCCGCCACCCAGAACAGCGCCGACCAAGAUUUGUACAGUCGCAAUGAUGGGGAUGAUACCAAUGGGAUAGAAUCCCCGCACAAGAGACGAAGAGUCAGCGAAACGGCACAUGUUGUCAUAUCGGUUGGCCCGACUCAGUUGGUACAAUCUCCAGCUGCGCAGCCAUCAAAGGCCAAGAAGAUUAUAUCACCAUUCAUAUUAGAGUCGGAUGACGAAGACGAACAGGAUACCAAGCCGAGCCACUCUUUUCCUAUAAAAUCUCUUAAUCAUGAAUCGAGCCCAGACAAGGAAAGCACCAGCGAACAGGCUUCACUCAAGACGGAGCCUGUCAAGAGCGAAACCCACGAUGCAGAGGCGGGUCAUGAAUGCACAAAAGAUCCACCCACUCUCAAGCACGAAGCUACCAGUGGCGGACUUGACAGCGUCGAUGAGCUUGGUAUCGACGACAUAGACAUGGAAGCCUUCGAAGGCGACGAGAUGCGCGAGUGGCGUUUUAUGAAGGAGCAAGCUCGUUUAGAAGCUGAGGAAUCUGGCGAUAUGACUCUUUUUCAUGAGACUUUCGGAGAGGACCCGUUUCAGGAAGAUACUGAUGCGCAAUCCUGCCCUAUAUGCUCAGGUAGUCUGGCAGGGGUGUCCGAGGAUGAGGCAUCGAAGCACGUCAAUGCUUGUCUUGACGGCAACCCAACGCCGCUGCCAAAACCCGCCGAACAACCAAAGCCACCUGCACUGGUUGAAGAGGUGGAGGCGACAGAGGUUGGCAAGCGCUUCAUGCGAGCGGCAAUUCCGCGCCCCGGACAGGCCAAUCCUUUUUACCUGACGGGACAAACACCCGGGUCCAAGUCAGCAUUCUCUCAGCUGAUGUCAAGUAACGCCGAAGACACAGCCUGGUCGACAGCCGCAGCCGCUGAAAAUGCUUCGCGGGGUAAGCCAGCGUACACGAGAACAUGUCCCUUCUACAAGAUCAUGCCGGGCUUCUCCAUCUGCGUUGAUGCAUUUCGGUACGGAGCUGUCGAGGGCUGCAAAGCAUACUUUCUCAGUCAUUUUCAUAGCGAUCAUUACAUUGGCUUGACUGCAACGUGGACACACGGUCCGAUAUACUGCAGCAAAGUCACUGGCAGUUUGGUGCGGAACCAGCUGCGCACGGCGGCUAAAUGGGUCGUCGAGUUGGAAUUCGACAAGGAAUACGAUGUCCCCGGUACAGAUGGUGCUAAAGUCACCAUGAUUUCGGCAAAUCAUUGUCCGGGGAGCUCUCUGUUUGUGUUUGAAAAGGUGGUGGGCGAGCGGCACAACAAGAGCUUAAAGCGAAUCCUUCACUGCGGUGACUUUAGAGCCUGUCCAGAUCAUGUCCAACACCCUCUGCUACGGCCCGAUGUUGCAGAUUCUGUGUCGGGCAAGCUCAGACGGCAAAAGAUUGAUAUAUGCUACCUUGACACCACAUAUCUCAAUCCUCGAUACUCUUUCCCCCCACAAAACGAUGUCAUACAAGCUUGCGCUGAUUUGGUUGCCAAAAUCUCCCCAGAUCCCAACUGCAAGGACGACGUCUGGGACUCGGCCAAAAAGGAAGCUGGCAAGACUGUCAGCAAGUACUUUCAGAACCCAACCGCACCGGUGUUGGAGAAGCCGGAACCCAAGAAGAAGCUCGGCCAACGCGUGUUGAUUAUAUGCGGGACUUACUCCAUUGGAAAGGAGCGCAUAUGUGUUGCUAUUGCCAAGGCUUUGCGAACAAAGAUUUUUGCCUCGCCUUCAAAAAUCAAAAUCUGCAAGCAGUUGGGAGAUCCAGAGCUAACAGCGCUGCUGACGUCUGACCCGAUCGAGGCGCAAGUCCACAUGCAGAUGCUCAUGGAAAUCCGCGCCGAAACGUUGCAGGAGUACCUCAACAGCUACAAGCCGCAUUUCAGCCGGAUUGUGGGCUUCCGUCCCUCGGGAUGGAACUUUCGGCCUGUCAAUAGCAAGAGUGUAGGAGCCAACACGGCCCCGUCCACGAUCCCGACGCAGCAGCUUCUGCACGGCAAGGGUUGGCGGACGCGGUUCGGCGCCGCCGACUUUGUGCCCCAGCGAGGCAGCACAAAGGAGGCCAUGUGUUUUGGCGUUCCGUACUCGGAGCACAGCAGUUUUCGGGAGCUGGCGCUGUUUCUGAUGAGCCUGCGAAUUGACAAGGUCAUACCCACGGUGAAUGUGGGUAGCGAGCAGUCGAGGAAGAGGAUGAAGUCGUGGAUCGAUCGAUGGCUGACUGAAAGACGCAAAGGCGGUCUGAUACAGCCACUGGUAGAAGGCAGUGAUGAUCCUGAAGAUCUCAAGGUGGCUCUUUGGGAUGGGAAAACAAACAGUGGUGGGGGUGCUUGGUGGUGA